AUGACUUUGGCGCUCUCUGUACUGGUCGUCAUCGAGAUGUGUAACGCACUCAACAGGUAUGCUGCUGUCUCUAACAUCUCCCUUCUCCGCCCUCCCCAAAACCGCCUCGUUUGCUGUGUGAUUCUUGCUCAAAAGCAGAAGGGGAGGGGUGUCGCCAUCACCCUCCUGCGUGUUGGCGACAGUGAUGUACGUGAGGGCACGGCUGCUCACACAGAUUUAGUUAUUUCGGAGAACCAAUCGCUGUUUGCCAUGCCGCCAUGGAAGAACAUUUGGUUGGUCUUGGCUAUCACGCUGAGCAUGGUGCAGCACUUUGCAAUUCUUCACAUUCCCUUCCUGGCAAACAUCUUCCAAAUCUCGGCACUCAACCUCGCCGAGUGGGCGGUCGUCAUGAAACUGUCCCUGCCUGUUCUUCUUUUGGAUGAAACCAUGAAGGCGUGUUCUCGUUGCUUCAUGGAUGGUCAUCCCGUGAGCAAGGAGGCGCCACUCAUCGUCCUGCUGUGGGCCAUCUUCAUCGGCUGCCUUUACCAAUGGCCUCUUUAA